AUGUCUCUCAAAUCAGUGCAGAAAGGCGUUAUUGAGUCCAAUGAACCGACUACAACUAUUGCUACUGGACAGGAUCUUUCGGAGCCCAGUCAAGAUGGUCCCUCGACGCCCCCAUCCUCGAUACCGUUCUUCAGAAGCACCCUAUUUCAGAUUCUGGUUGUUGGCAUAUGUGCCUUCAGUGCUCCCGGCAUCUGGAGCGCCAUGAAUGGCUUGGGUGUGGGUGGCUCUCAGAGUCCGAAUCUCGUCAAUGCGGCCAAUGCCCUUCUGUACGCCUUCAUGACAAUAACUUGCUUUGCUGGACCUUGGAUGACGAACAUCAUUGGGUUCCGAUGGACGCUUGCGAUAGGCUCCUUGGGCUAUCCGUUGUAUGCCGCCGGCCUCUACGUCAACAACAGAACUGGCGCAACCUGGUUCGUUUACUUUGGUUCAGUUGCGUGUGGCCUGAGUGCGGGCUUCUUUUGGAGUGUUGAAGGAGCCAUAAGUACAGGCUAUCCGGAACAGCACAAGCGAGGACGCUACAUCGCGACGUGGUUUACCUUCCGAAACUUUGGUAACAUCAUUGGAGGGGCGAUAUCCUUGGCCAUCAACCACAAGGUCAACCAAAAAGGCAAAGUUGGGUACCAAACAUAUCUAGGCUUCAUCGCGAUUCAGUGCUUGGGCUUCUUCUUCGGCCUCCUUUUGUCGAAUCCUGAGAAGGUCAGACGCGAUGACGGUACAUCAAUCGAAGCUCCGCGAGGAAUUCACUGGCGGGAAGAGAGCAAGCAAAUGUGGAAGCUGCUCAAGAGUCGAUCCAUUGUCCUCCUGAUCCCCCUGUUCUGGUACUUCGGAUGGAUACAGGCCUAUCCCGGCACCUACCUGGCCACUUACUUCACCGUCCGGUCUAGAGCUCUGGGCAGCUUCAUGUCUGCAGUUGUGGGAACCUUCGCGACGUGGCUGGGCGGAUCUCUUGUCGACCUACCCUGGACUAAGAAUCGACAGACGCGAGCCAUCGCGACUUAUGCCCUGAUUGCCUCACUCAAUAGCGCGACAUGGAUAUGGGCCGUCAUCAUCCAGAAUGAGUAUCGAUUUACGCUUCCCGUGUUGGAUUGGGCUCUUCAGGGCGAGUUUGGUCGAGGGUUCGGCGUCUACAUGUUCGAGCGGAUCAGUCUCGGAAUGGUGGAAAACUACAUUUACUGGUGUAUCGGCAACCUCUCGGACUCCCCUGGCGACCAAAUUCGGUAUAGCUCUUUACUUCGGGGUAUUGAGACGGCCGCAGUUGCCGUUGGCUUCGGUGUUCAAGCCGUGCCAACCGCCCUCAUUGCAACGGCAAGCAUCAACCUGGGUCUUUGGUUCAUCGCUUUGCCAUUCAGCUACUUUGCCACCCUUCAGGUUGUACGGAAGUUCGACAAACUGGACCGCAAACGGGAUGAGGCGGAGUCGGUGGGCCGGUAG